AUGGAUUUAUCGUUGGCCGGUGAGAAGAGAUUGCUUAAGCUCAAUGAACUUGAAGAGCUUAGAGAUGAUGCUUAUGAGAGCUCAAGGUUAUAUAAGGAGAAGACUAAAAAGUGGCAUGACCAACAUAUUCGAAACAAGAACUUUAAGGUUGGAGACAAGGUUUUGCUUUUCAACUCAAGGCUUUGUUUGUUUCCAAGUAAACUCAAAUCAAAGUGGUCGGGUCCUUUUGUGAUAUCAAAGACUACUCCUUAUGGCUCCUUUGAGUUAGAUGCAGAUGGUAACAAGUUUAUGGUUAAUGGUCAUCGUUUAAAGCAUUACUUUUGCAAGGAAGAAGUUGGUAUCAUCGAAUGUAUAAUGCUUGAUCCUUUGGAUCCCAAGCCUCCCACUUGA